CUGUGGGUCCAAGCCGCCACUCCCUGACCCGUGCCCUCGGUCCCCUCCCAGGCGGCCCUCGGCUGCUCCCUGCAAGCCUGCGGACGCUGCCCGAGAUGCCCCCUUUCAGUUGCUGGGGUCUGCCCAUGGCCCUUCUCGCCCUGCUCUGCUGCCCAGGGUCUGGCGAGAACACAUUUGAGGUAUACGUGUGGCCAGAGCAGCUGGUGGUUGAGUUCAGAGGGUCCUGGAAAGUCAACUGCAGCACCAGCUGUCCCCAGCCAGAACACGGGGGUCUGGAGACCGCUCUGACCAAGACCCUGCUGGACAAACAGCCUCAGUGGAGUCAGUACUUGCUGUCGAACAUCUCCCAGGACGCGGACCUCCUGUGCUUCUUCGUCUGUUUCGGGAAGCAGCUAUCCAAGAAGCUCAGCAUCAGCGUGUACCAGCCCCCAAAGCAAGUGAUACUGAAGCUGCAGCCUGCUUGGGUGGCCGUGGGCAAAUCCUUCACCAUUGAGUGCAGGGCCCCUGCCGUGGCACCCCUCGAGAACCUCACCCUCACCCUGCUCCGCGGCAAGGAGACCCUGCACUACAAGACCUUUGGGAGGGCCACACCUGCUCCCCGAGAGGCCACGGCCACGCUCAGUGCCACGGCGCGCAAGGAGGACGGCCACAGCAAUUUCUCCUGCCAGGCGGAGCUGGACCUGCGAUCCCGGGGCGGGGGCAUCGUUCGGAGUGCCUCGGAGCCCCAGGUCCUCGAGGUCUAUGAGCCCAUGCAGGACAACCAGCUGGUCAUCAUCGUCACUGUUGUGUCAGUGCUGCUGUUCUUGUUUGUGACAUCCGUCCUGCUGUGCUUUGUCUUCGGCCAGCACUGGCACCAGAAGCGGACAGGUGCUUACGGAGUGUGGGCUGCCUGGAGGAGGCUGCCCCGGGCCUGCCGGGCACAAUCUGCAUGAGCCCUGGCUGCAGGACUGUGACAAACAGCAGAGGACUUUGGGGACAUUUUCCUCUUCUAGCUUGAAUAAAAAGCUCUGGACUUAA